UGAGGGGGUUUUACUUGCACGAGAGGGCAAGUUAAAUGUAUGGAUAGAUUCACUGAAGAUGGUGGAGGACACUGAGUACUUCUUUACUUACCCAUGGGGGAAGGUGUCUUUUAACAAGCUUAUGGAUUCAUAUAAGAAAGACAUGCAUCAUCAGAAGAGGAACUAUGAGAAGAAGAAGGAAGUUAAGGGGAAACAGAAAGAAGCAAAAUACAGUUUGUAUGGUUAUGUCCCUGCAUUGCAGUAUUGGGCAUACGAAGCCAUCUAGUAGUUUGCACGUGAGUAUGGUAUUAACCAUGGAAACCAGUUUCCGAGGAUGCUCAGUUGGUCGAGCAAUAAGGAGCGUCCUAUUUCGAAGGCUGACCUUGCACCGAUGUUCAAGAAGACGAGUUUGAUUGUGUUGUCCAUGUUGAAGCCCCGGCCUUCGGAGAUAGAUUAUUAUAGCGCUCUGACGGAGGGUGAUGCUCCCUUGUAUCCCAGGUUGGGCCAAGAAGAAGAGGUAGAAACUCCCACUGAUUUUGAGAAGGUGGCGGAGAUAGCUGUUGAGGUUGCGAAGGCAGCCAAUAUUUUUGUUGAUGGCCCUGAUGAUGAGGAUACCCCAGUCCCCAUCGGCCCCACACCCUCGGCCCCAGCCCCAUCGGUACACCCCAGUCCUGAUCAACCUGAUUUACGGGAGGUGUUGGAGAGGUUGGAGCGAGUCGAGAGUCGUUAGGAUACCAUCCUAGAGAACCAGGCGGUCAUCAUGGAUGUUGUCAAUAAGAUCUUGACAUUCGUACAAGAUCUUCCAAAUGAUUCUGAUUCUGAUUUCGACUUACUUGACCUCCCAG